GAUCCUCGGAGCUUGACACGGUGAAGUCAUGGCGGCGGAGACGGAGGCAGAAUCACAGUACCUUAAUGUACUCUCUGCUUUCCUCGCCAUCGAACCGGUGGACUCCGUCAUCACUCUCGCUAGAGGGUGCACUGGAGGAUCAAUUACUGAGAACGCCCAGAGAUUUUUCUGGGAAAUUUGCGUUGAAGCUGCUGCGAAUGGUAACGGAUCAUACGCGAAGAAGUUACUGAAGAAACUCAUAAAUGAAGUUGAGUUAGAGAAUGGUGAAGUAUUGGAUGAAGUGUAUGAAGAGUAUGCUCUUUACAUGUUAACUUCUAAGGAAGAUAUAUUGGUGAAAGAAAACAUAAGGAUAACCAAAUUCAUUUCUUUUCUUUUCCCUGAAGGUUCGUACAAACACCCGAGUUGUCCAAGGUCGAGGAAAUUAGUUAUUCCGCUGCAUUGUUCGUUGAACAUGCUUGAAGGAGAUACCGGGUGUUCCAUCUGGCCAUCGAGUCUGUUUCUGUCAGAAUUUGUUUUGUCAUUUCCAGAGUUAUUCGCCAAUAAAGCCUGUUUUGAGGUUGGUUCUGGAGUUGGUAUGGUCGGGAUUUGCCUUGCACAUGUAAAGGCCAAAGAGGUGAUACUAACAGACGGAGAUCUUUUAACUUUGUCUAACAUGAAGCUUAAUUUGGAGAGAAAUCACUUAAACUAUGAUGACGAGUUUCUCAAACAACCCGGAGAAGCUCAGAGUACACGAGUUAAAUGCACUCAUCUUCCAUGGGAAACUGCAUCGGAAAGUGAACUAAGCCAAUAUCGUCCAGAUAUUGUUCUAGGCGCAGAUGUAAUCUAUGAUCCGUCAUGUCUCCCUCAUCUACUUCGGGUGCUAGUAGCCCUUUUAAAGAACCCACCCAAAAGAGGAAAUGGCUCUCUCGAGACUGAAGACAGAGACACGACACAAGAAGAACACAGUCCCGCGGUGGCUUAUAUCGCAUCUGUGAUCCGCAAUGUAGACACUUUUAAUGUGUGCUUGACACUUGCAGACCAAAUGGACCUUUCCAUCACAGACGUGACCGCAGAACUUACGCCUCGCUUUGAGCUUUUACCAUAUAUGCAUUCAGAAACACGGACUAAGGCAAUAAUAGUUUUGUUGAAGUUGAGAUUGAUUUCAAAGGGAUCGUCUUUAAUGGAGGUGAUACACGCAUGGUCUGCUCCAAGAUCACUCAGCACCACUCUCAUGUACUCCUUUGCCCAGAGAGAUGACAUUGAAGUGCUUGAUGAGCCAUUAUACGCUGCGUUCCUCAAGUCUACGGGUGUUGAUAGGCCUUACAAAGAUGAGCUUCUCUCUAAGAUGGAGUGUGAUGGAGAAAAGGUGGUGAAGGAUAUCAUUUAUGGUCCAGGAAAGAAGAAAUAUAGGUUUUGUAAGCAUAUAUCGAAACAGCGACUUCUUGGUUUGCCAAGUGAACUAAUGAGUGAAGGGAAGCACUUUAUAUUGAUACGCAAUCCCCUCAACAUAUUGCCUUCUUUUGAGAAGAUACACCCUUCAUCGUUUCACGAAUUGGGACUGGGAGAGUUAGUAUCGAUAUACAGUGAUCUCUGUCAGAUGGGAACACCACCAGCAAUCAUCGAUGCAGAUGAGCUCCAGCGAGAUCCCGAGGCUACACUACGCAGUCUUUGUGAUGACUUAGAGAUCCCCUUUCAAGCCUCUAUGCUUAAAUGGGAGGCUGGUCCUAUACCAGAAGAUGGACUUUGGGCUCCAUGGUGGUACGAGACUCUUCAUAAAUCAACAGGGUUCUCGUCGCCCCAGAAGUACCCUCAGACUUUCCCUUUAAUGCAUUACGAUUUGCUGGAGCAAUGUUUACCGCUGUACAACAUUCUGAGGUGCCACAUGAAGCACAAGUCAUCGCUCUUGUCCAGCACCUUACCUCCUCCCAGUCUCCCAGUUCCUGAAAAUGCUAAACUUCUUGCUUGGGUUGGUGAUGAGAUUGUGCCACGAGAGAUGGCGAAGGUUUCUGUUUUUGACUCGGUCGUGCAAGGCGGUGACUCUGUAUGGGAAGGUCUUCGUAUAUACAAAGGGAAAGUAUUUAAGCUUGAAGAACAUCUAGACCGGUUGUCUGAUUCCGCAAAGGCUCUGGCUUUCAACAAUGUCCCAACCCGCGAGGAGAUAAAAGAAGCCAUCUUCAGAACUCUCAUAACCAAUGGGAUGUUUGACAAUACACAUAUAAGAUUGUCUCUAACUCGAGGCAAAAAGGUCACAUCUGGAAUGAGCCCUGCAUUUAACCGUUAUGGAUGUACUUUGAUCGUGCUUGCUGAAUGGAAGCCUCCGGUAUAUGACAAUGAUGGCGGAAUUGUGCUGGUGACUGCAACUACACGCCGGAAUUCACCCAACAAUUUAGAUUCCAAGAUUCAUCACAACAACCUCCUCAAUAAUAUACUUGCAAAGAUUGAAAGCAACAAUGCCAACGUCGAUGAUGCAAUCAUGCUUGACAAGGAUGGGUUUGUGUCUGAAACCAAUGCAACCAACAUUUUCAUGGUGAAGAAAGACCGAGUACUCACUCCUCACGCAGAUUAUUGUCUCCCCGGCAUUACUCGAGCUACUGUGAUGGAACUGGUGGUGAAAGAGAACUUUAUCUUAGAAGAACGUAGAAUCAGCUUGUCGGAAUUCCAUACAGCUGAUGAGGUAUGGACUACAGGAACUAUGGGAGAACUCAGCCCGGUUGUGAAAAUUGAUGGGCGUGUGAUCGGUGAAGGAAAAGUAGGACCGGUAACAAGAAGACUUCAAAAUGCUUACAAGAAACUGACGGAUGGUUCAGGUGUCCCAAUACCUACUUACCAAGAAGUCAAGAACCUUGAACCAUGUGUUUGAUCGUAGAACACGAAUGGAAAAAAACAUUGCAUACGAGGAAAACGGCACGUAUUUCAGAGGAAAGCUGUGGUGUUUUACGUUUUUGAAUAGAAAGUGCGUGCUGUUUUAGCUCUCAAACUCUCUCAUAUUAUGCUGUUGACCUGUUGUAGCCUGUGGGUCAAUGUAAUCACAGUUGGUCGCAAAUCCAAGUCAAGUCAGGCUCUCUUGUUUGACUUUUCAAUUUUUUUUUCCACAAUAACGAUAAUGCUGAUCAAUAAACAAAACCAUAAUAUCAUCAAUUUUUGCUUUGAGUUCUAGUAUAUAUAAAAAACUAU